UUUUUUUUUUUGCUGUCUCUCUCUCUCUCUCUCCUCACGGGGAAUGAAACAUGACAGCCAACCACUUUGGACAUUAAGCAAUGGUGAACAAGGAUGGGGUGUGCUGGAUCAUCACAGGCCAAAGGAGAUGGAUCCGCGAAAAAGAUUCGAAAGCCAAAACCUUGGAAACAUCCACAACCAAUAACGAACAGUCAGCUAGUGCAGUUGAGAGAAGAGUUUUGGGACACUGCUCCUCACUAUGGUGGAAGAAAAGAAAUUUGGGAUGCACUUCGAGCUGCUGCUGAGGCAGACAUAAACCUAGCUCAGGCAAUCAUCGACAGUGCUGGAGUCAUCAUCCAAAAUCCUGAUAUGACGGUGUGCUAUGACGAGAGAGGUGCAAAAUAUGAACUACCGAAGUAUGUUCUGAGCGAACCAACCAACUUAAUACAAGAAGGUUAAAAAAAAUGAAGGAUUUCCUGAUGUCAAACUUCCACAUUCAUUGAUUUCAAUGUAGAUCGUGUAAAUCUCCCUCAUGAUAUUACACAAGUUUGUUUACUCACACCAUCCUCCUUUUUCACCUCGCUUCUUCCUCGUUUGUUAUAGAUUCAAACACGAAGAAAAGCAAAGCAUCAUGCUUCCCUGCUUUAAAGUGCAGUAUGAUUCAUCUUU